AUGGCUUGGCAUAUAAUUCUGCCGUCUUUCAUUUGUAUUCUCCCUAAAUAUGCGUAUGAAGAAAGGGAAAGAAGACGGUCUUCGGGUUGCGUAGUUUUCUUACUCGUCGAGCUUUGGCCUGGAAGAGAGAGUAGAAUUGAGUGCCUGCUCUCAAGUCUCGCGGGCGUCACGGCUUUGCUACGAGAGUGUUUAAAGGUAGUGAGUCUAGGCCUGCAUCAAUAUGUCCUUCCGAUGGUAAAACUUGGUUUUCAAGUUAAUGAGGUAGAUACCAAGGGCUUUAGUGGCAUAAGCAAGGAAGGCCAGGGAAGUGAGUUUGCACCGAGGCUAUUAUGCAUGCAACUCGUUUGUCUUCCUAUGGCAGCUGGAUUUGUAGUACUCAAUUUUAGCUCCUUGCCGUUCUUCUGUGAUAGUGUGAAGAUGGGGUUUGAUAUCUUGAGGUGGAGGAAAAUCAGGUCAAGCAGCCCGGAUAUUAGACAAGAUCGAGGCGGAAGUUCAGGGCGUAAUAGUAAUUUGAAAGAAAGGGGAAGUAAUCAUAGCAAAGGAACGGGGACCAAGGCCUAUACGCGUACGACUGCGAUAGAGAUGGGAGCAUCCUCCCUCUCUUUCUCAGAAUAUCCAUCAAAUACCUCGUCAAAAGAUCCAAACUCGGACCCUCAGUCCAUACAUCACUUCUCUCAUUACUUGUGCCCCCUGCAAGGCUACAACAUCUCUAUCACAAACCAACGCACCACUAUCAGCCGCAAAAGCAGGAACUGCAUUGAGCGCUCUCUAAGUAGGAUUGGCGUAAUUCCGCUCAUUAUUGCCGUCCUCAUGCUUUGGCGCCUAAGUAAAAAAGAGUCACAAGAUCACGCUUCUGAAGCAGUACAAGCAAACGGCGCGAGUGGUGGCGAGCGCCAGAACAAGGUUGAAGAUGUGAACCAUCACGCCCCUCAAGAAUACAUUCAAAUAAGCCUGGUUUACGAGCUAUACAACGAAAGCCAAGCGCAAGGAUUGCUUUCAGCAAAUGCACGCACCUCGGUAGAGAUAGAAAGCUAUCCCUUUGAAAGACUGUUAAGAGAUCAUUAUCGCAUCUCGGAAAUUCAAUCGUACGACUACCCAUCCUUUUUUCAGAGUCGUGUUCUUGUCUCAGACAACUUGACGACUUUUUUUCAUUCCGUCUUUCUCUGCCUUUCUGGGAUCGAUCUCUGUCGCUUCUAUCCAACAUCGAAAUUCCAUGGGAGACAGCUUAAUAUAGCUAGAGCAUAUCCGCUCUUGGCUACUUACCUAAACGAUUGCGUUCGGUCUCUCAAUCCAAAAUCGCGAACAAAGAAAGAAGAAGUCUUACUUCAAUCCAUUCGAGCACUUUCUCGCAACAACAUGUUCUCAUCACCGGUAUUGGCAGACCCGAACCGUACCCAUCCAGCCCAAAAAGCGCCCGGCUCAGCUGCCGCAAAGCGAACACCCGGUUCCUGCUCCUCGCCGCUCCUUUCCUUUCAGAUACCCUUCAUCCUCCUUGGUAAGAAGACCGAUGUCCCGAAAGAUAUAUACAACGACGCUGAGCGGGAGACAAAGCCGCUUGGGGCCUUACACCACAUGCUCAGGUUAUCAUGCCCGGGAGUAUCAAUAGCUCUUUGGGCUUGUGAACCUAGGGUCGAGCCGGAGGAAAGAUUACCCCACCUGCCAAUCAAAAUCGGGGAAGAGGAGGUCUUGCAGGCACGAAGGUAUACCGAGUGGCUGAAGAGGCAGAAGGAAGGGUGGAGCCGGGUUGAAGCCGCUGGUGGAUGGGUGGUUCGCCGGGCUGAAGAAACGAAAAAAGACAUCGGACCGUGGCAUGUUGGUCAUUGGCGAGAAGGCGACGGCUACUUGACUGAAGAUGAGAUACGAGAGUUGGAGGAUGGAGUAUUCUGUUUUCCGGUUAUCUUGCAACAUGUUGGGGUUCCUGUAGUGAACUCUGUCUGGAGAAUUGAGGUGGAGGGUGAGCUGAAGAAAAUAUUGGAAACACUGGAGAAAUAUUUCAAUCAGCAUAUUGAAGACUUCCCGUUCCGGAUUGUGGUGAACGAGAAGUGUAGGUUGAAGAUUGCCGUCUCCACGAGUGAAGAGCAAGCUGGAGAUCAAGAGAGGUGGGGUUUGGAUAUGGUAGUGAAACUCAUGUUGGCCUUGACGGCUUGGGAGAAAGAACUUGUCACUACGGAUACGAUGACCGGUGUUCUAGAAUACUGGUACCUAAGCCGGGUCCUUGAGAAUCGUAGUGUUAGGGAUUUGCGAACUUUUGAGAGAAACAUAAGAAGGUCGCUGUUGGGCAAGAAUAGACCUUUUGAAAGGGCCAAGGAGAGAUGGUUCGGCAACACCGAAUACGACGACGAUAUUUCUAAGUGGAAAGAGUUAUGGACCGUAAUCGACGAGUUGAGAGAGGAAGAGGGCGGAAAUUCAAAGCUAGAACGCCUUCUUAAGGACAUGGAGAACUCUGAGAAAAGUGGGGAGUACAGGCUGGCAGUGUCUUUUGGGGUUCGCCAACCUUCACAGCGUCUGAUUUCAGAAAAGAGUGAAGGUGGUACGACCCCCCACUCGAAGCCUAACUAUCUAGCCCUAGAAUCCGAGGGGUUCGAUCGGGAAUCGAGCCUUCCACUGAUCAUCUUCCAAAACCAUCGAAGCACACUAGACUAUAACGAGCUGAUUGCCCACUUAGAUCUCGUAAGUGCCCUGAUCAGAUUUGUACAAUGGACUCCAUACGACGUGAUACGUCAAGCGGCCAAAAAUUUCAGAGCGCAUCUGUCUGCUCUCAAAGAGCCAACAGCCAAUUCACUCGUAGAUUUUCUCGAGGUACUGGAGGCUCGGCAGUCAACGCGAGAGUUCUACUACGAAUUCACCAGAUCGUACGGAAAGCUUUCCCCAAAGAAGGAAUAUGACAUUGCACAAGUUUCUGCAUUGGAACGCUCCCCGUUCGGAAAGAUCGUUAGGGCAAUUGAGAAGCAGAGAAAGGAUGAAAGAGAGUAUAUGCCUUUGUUCAUUGAGCGGUACACCAAAGGCGGCGGAUUUCUUCGCGUUCCGAAAUCGAAAUUACUUUCUGCGAAAGAUGCACUGACUAGAUCACUGACUCCUAAGUUCGGUGAAGAGAGCGAAAGGUUAGAAAGAGUGAAGACAGAUGGGAAGCGUGGCAGCGAUUCUGCACCACCGUUCCAAGGUGAGGAUAGCCGUGGUGACUUCUUUUCACUUCAAUCAACAGAAACCGACCAGGUUGUCUCUAAAUCAGCUUCGCCACUGAAGGGUGAAGAUGGAGUAAGAAAAGGAAGCAAGAGGUACUAG